AUGAAUGGGAAUUCCCGCCCUCCUGCCACUCCGCUCUCUCCAGUCUCUGUAGGCGGAAGUGAAUGGUCUUACCCUGGCGACAAUAACUAUCCAAACAGAGACGGCCCUGGAAGCGACGGUCCCCCUUUCCCCCCGCAAGGUGGCCCUCCAGGUCCUUAUCCUCCGCCCAACAAUCGCGGUCCCGGCGGCCCUUUCAACUCCCCGCCCGACUCACGACCACCACCCAUGAACGGUAACUAUCCCCCCGGCCCUCCUGGCCCUCCCGGCCCUCCCGGCCCGCCUGGAGGUCCUCCCGGUCCAGGCGGUGGUCCUCCAGGCCCGCGCAGCACCACCGGCGGUCCUUCCCCUCCCCCCUCGAUCGGCCGCUCCAGUACCGGAACCAACCUCUACGCCCGCAGCGAGAGCGGUCGCAGCCAGAGCCAGGCUCUCGAGAGCCAAGAGGGCGUCCUCAUGGAGCACUACAACGCGCUCAAGGCUUUCUUGUCGGCGACGUCGCAAAACGGCAAGCCUAACCCGCCGCCUAACCGCGCCCGCGACAAGCUGCAGCGCCUGACGGCCGUGCAGUUCCUCGAGCUUAGUACCGACGUCUACGACGAGCUCAAGCGCCGCGAGGCGUUUGCCCGCCGCCCGCCCAACGCGCCGCCUGGUACAGGUCCGCCGGAGUACCUGCUGCCCGAGGAGAGUUUUCACCCGAAGAGGAACCAGGCUAGGCAGAAGUUGAGUUCGCUCGGACCGCCGAGGUUUAGGGAUCUCGCUACGGACGUGUUUUGCGAAUUGGAACGACGGUUCCCGCAUUUCGCGGGGAAUGAUAUACCGCGCGUCGGAACGCCCAUGUCGGUACGUGGAGGACCCGGUUCGCCGUCCCGCUCGCAGACCCCGAUUAAUGGAUAUCCCCCGAGAGAUCAGAGCCGGAGACGGCCUUCGGAAGCUAGCUCGAUUCGCAGCGGGAGGAGCAUGGCUCCGCCCAUGAUGAAUGGUGCCCCUGGCCCCGGCCCAGGCGGUAGUUUCCCGGUUCCCCCGUCCCCUUCGGUCGCGAAUGGCGAUUAUCCCGGUCGUCCGAUGCCCAAGCAGUUCCAGAGCAAUACAAUCGUGCCCAAUAAGAGCACCAUGGUCGAGGAGGACGAUGACAACCUUAGUCCGUUGAGCUCGGAACCGAGAGAUGGAUUCUCGAGGAGGAGGGAUACUGGGCCUUCUGAGUCGGAGAAGAAGAUUAUAGAGGAGUACGAGCAACAAGUUCGCGACCUGCGCGAGAAGCUGGACAACAUGGAGGAACAGCUACGCAAGAAAGACGAGGAACUGAACGGCGUGUUGAACGGCGAGCGCCGGGCCGACGAAGACCGCAAGGCUUGGGAUGAGGCGCGCGCCGAGCUGGAGAAGAAGCUCGCCGAGGCUCAGGAGAUGUCCGACAACCUGCAGCGCGAGCUGGACCGCGUGCGCGACGAGCAUGAGAAUGAGACGCGCCAGCUGCGCGAGCAGCUCGAGGAAGCCCGCCGUGCUAGCAGUCGCUUGGGAAGCGCCGCCGGCGAUGCUGAGCUGGAGAGGGAGAAUAAGGCGCUGCGCAUGGCGCUCGAAGAGCAGGAACAGGUGACGGAGGAGGUCAGGCGCGAGGCGCAGGCUUUCUUGAGGGAGAUGCGCAUGAUUUCGGAACAGAGCGGUGCCGCCUGGGAGAAGCAGAGCAUGUUGGAGAAGACGAUCGAGAACUUGGAGAAUGAGGUGCGCUUGUGGCAGAAUCGGUACGCCAGGACGAGGGCCCAACUGAGGGAUAUGCGGGGCGCCAGCGCCGAUGGGGUUAGUCUGCUUGAUCAGGACGCGGCCAGGUAUGUGAGGGAGAAGGGCUUCGUCGACGAGGAGGGCGGCAUGGUCAAGGACGUGCACGUCACCAAGUUCCAGAUGGCGAUCGAUGAGCUGUUGCAGAGGGCGAGGACAGACGCGCCGGAUCGGGUCAUCGACUCUAUGAAGGCCGUUGUGGUCUCGGUCAGGCGCAUCACCAAGAAUCUGGACGCCGGCCAGCUGCCUGCUGAGAACGGGAUGCAGUUCCAGAAGCUCAAGUCGCGCGUCUCGUCGACCGCGAAUAACCUCAUCACGGCGUCCAAGAACUUCGCCAACUCAGCCGGUAUCUCGCCCGUCUCUCUCCUCGACGCGGCUGCGUCUCACUUAGUCGCUGCUGUCGUGGAGCUGCUCAAGCUGGUCAAGAUCCGCCCUACCCCCGCCGACGAACUCGAAAACGAUGACUACGAUGACGACAACAACGGCACCGUCACCCCGAUCGGCACGACAACCGGCUUCUUCUCACCCCGCAGCCAGACCUCCAUGUCCCAUUCUCACCCCCAAUCCCAAGUGACCUCCAAGCGCUCGACCAUGCAGGACCAGCCCUCUGUUCCGCCUGUUCCCCCUCCUCCUUUUCGAGGCCUAGGCGGCAACCGAGAUAGCGUCUCGUCUGCUUACAGCCCAGUCCCUUCGCCAAGGGAGUCGUCCGGCACCCAGGCCACGACGUCUGCCUUCCCGAAGGUACCGGCGGGAAGGGUGAUGCCGAACGGUACCCCGGCGGGUAAUGGCACCCGCGUCGCGCAGGACCUCAAGAUCUAUCUGGAUGACCAGACCGCCAGCCUAGUACAAACCAUCCAAAACCUCGUCCAGCUCGUCCGCUCCGAUGCCGACAUCGACCCCGUGCAAUCUGAAAUUUCGUCCAUUGCCUCCAUCGUGAAUGCCAUCCUCUCGGAGACCGAUCAAACCCUCCCGCCACACCUAAAGGAUGCUGACUUGGCCAACGGGAUGGAUAGACUGGCUUCGUGCAGGGAGAGGUUGCUCGAGGCGGGCGCGAGGGGCGUCGAAUUGGCGAAUUCGGGCGAGCAGAAGGGCGGCAGGGAGUGGAAGAUGUGGAACCAGACGCUGCCGCCGAUUGCGUUCGAGAUUGCGCGCGGGGCGAAGGAGUUGGUUGGACGGGUGGAGAGGAUUGCCGGGGGACCUAACGAAGGGGAUGCAGAUGACUUCUCGUAA